GGUUUUUUUGUUCUUUUUUCCCUUAUUUGUUUUUGUCACUUAAAAUACUGAAUUUGUGUUGUUUUGUGUAUUCUUUUUUUGUUUGUCCUUUUUUUCCGUUUUGUUCCUUAUCCUAAAAAAAAAAAAUCAAAAGUGGUGUCAAACGUUGUUGCCCGUAAGCGAGCGCAAAAUUUUCCGAUUGCAUCAUCUGGUGUUGCGUAAUAACAUAGUUGCUGUGUCGCCGACCACCAACGACAGUGCCUGGCGUGGCCUCCUGUCUGUCUCCUCCUGUAUUCUUGAUUUUAGGCCAGAUCAUGAAUAACGUAAUCACCUACAGUGACCCCAUAAUUCCAAGCAGAACACUAUUUGAUCUCCCUCCUCACGAAGCUAUUGAACCAAAGAUAGAGUCAAAUGAAAGUAUUAGCAAAACUUUGAACGAUUCUAAUGAAGUUAACAUUUUACAGAAGAAUAAGGACUCUAUGAAGAGCAACUUCCUGAGAAAUAUAUGCAUCAAUCGAAUUCCAAAUAAUGAACUAGAAGAAAAAUGUUAUGAAAAUGACUCCCAAGCAGUAAAUCAAGCCAGGCUAGCAUUCAGUGGCAUGGCAACAUAUUAUCGUCAUAGGGUCAAGAAAGAGAUUACUCGAGAUGUUACUAUCACCAUUUCCCGUGAUAGAAUUAUAUGCAUAAUUGGGAGCAAGAUAUUUAAGACUAUACUCCAUGCAGUCUACUCUCCACUAGAACUCCCGUCAAAGGUGAUUACUUCCAGCGACAAGGAGAUGGUGGCUCUAUUGCUAGCCUUCAGGACAAAGAGAGGGCAGGCUGUUCUUAGUAAACUCCUAAACUCAGAAAUGCAAACAGCUAGUGUAUCUGAUACUGACAUGGUAUACCUGACCGACACUGUCAAUUUGAUUUUGCAUGGUAAUGGAUUUCAAGCACUCACAAUUGGCACUGCUGUAGGUGAGGCAGAAGACAGUUUGUUUUCAUUUCCUAACGAACGCCAUUGCCUGAACUCUGGGUUUACCACCCAAAGACGGCACUUAUUACAACACAGACGGAGAAGCACUGUUCGCGACGCUUUUUCCAGUUUCAGAGAAAGUUUACAUAAGAUAUCUGCUCAUUCAAAAAGGAUUCACACUGAUGAUGAUGAUGAUGUAAUUCUCAACAAGGACUAUACCACAAUAUACUCUUCGUUUUCGGAGUAUCCCCAGCAGUCGAAAGUUCCAAACUUGGCCAAGAUGACGCGUCCUUCUCUAACUGUCACUGCUAAUGUUGAGGAGUCGAAACUUGAACCAGAUAAAAAUCUGAAUGAUGAGGAUGAAUUGCAGACUAGUGCUGCUGACUUGGCCAACACUGCUAUCAUGCUAUUCAAAAAGGGGUCGGCUGUAAUUUCUGCGGCUGCAACCGAGCUAGACGAUGAAGUGUUCAAGUUUCAUGGAAUAGAAGUUCCAUUUCAAUGCCAAAACCUCCAAAACAAUGGUUGUCGCGUCUCCACCACUGAUGUCCGUGUCUUUUCUAGCAACGCAGAUCCCCGCACUCCAAGCCUGAGUCCUCAAAACUCUCAUGACAGCAUCUCAUCCGGUGAUGAAGAUUUCGAUCGAGAGGAGGUAGUGCAACAACCUUUCUCAUCUGAGGACUCUGGCAACUUGUCUCACUCCGUCUCUUACUCACAGCACGGCCAAACAGCACACUCUAUCUCCCUAGUCUCAGACUCCUCUCCCGCUACCAAUUCGCCUCCCUCAUCACCACACGCUGAAAUAACGCCUCCCUCAUCACCACACGCUGAACUAACGCCUCCCUCAUCACCACACGCUGAACUAUCUCCACCCCUCUCUCUUCCGUAUUUCCAACCAGUAGAAGAAACUGGUCCUCCUUGUAGCAUUGAAGAACAGCAAAUUUCUCCUCUCAAUGACGCGAUUCCUUCCCAAGUUACUCCUAGCAUUACUUCCUCCCAAGAAGACCAAAGCAGUAGCGAAUCCUCGCAAACUACACCGGAUAGCGAUGAAGGCUGGCCCGCAAACAGCCAAAUUGAAACAGUAAACGGCACACGGGUGAGAGAAGAUGCAGUAUUGUUGGUAGGUCCUCAUUUAAUGCCAAGUGUCCAAGACUGUAACGACAAUCUCUCUCCCGGCUCUGAAUAUAACCCACAACAAUCACCACACCAGCAAGACUACGCAAAUUCCAACUCUUACUAUCAGCAGAUGCAGUCUACUGCAAACGGUCAGAUUGAAACCAAGGCAAAAAAGAUCGAAUGCUUUGCUGGUGUGGCAGGUCCUCGAUCGCCUAGCUCAAGCCCAGAAAACUCCCUCAGCAUCUCUUCCCUUAUCCAACAACCAGGACCCCAGCAGUACUUGUCUGACUCAGGCAAUUCGUCUCACACUGACUCACGAAACUCUGCACCCAACCAGUCCUCACCCAGAGCAUAUUCAGAGCGUAACGGUUCAACGUCAUCGUCUUCUUCCCGCUCACGCUCAAAUCCUCCAUCAUCACAUCUGGAUCUUUCUGCACCUCCGUCACUUCCAAUUGCACCUGCUAUUGAUGAACAGGGCUGUCAACCGAGCUCCACAAAUGAGCUGCAGCAUCAAAGACCCUCACCUAACGACCGUUUUCCCUCCACACAGUUCUCUUCCAUUUCCAGUCGUAGUAGUUCUUCGGAAUUCGUAUCGGACAUUAGCAGACACCUUUCAGACAGUGAGUUUUUCACAGCAGCCGUUGACGUUGCAGAUAACCGGUCUACACCUUCUGUUCUUGUCAGUGGCAACACAACUUUCCCUCCACCAUACAUCAAAAGGGGGAGACUUGAACAGUUGCCGUCCCCUCAAUGUGAACAGGAUUCCUCGGGCAUCGAACCCAGGUGUCAACAAGGUUCUGUAAACGAGCUACAUGAGCAAAGACCCUCCCCUAAUACCCGAUCUUCUUCCCCGGUCCCUGGAAUCCCCAGUCGCAGUCCGUCUCCAGAACAGUUCGACUCAGACGUCAGCUGUCACAGCUCCGACAAUGAGUGGGCCGUGCCUACCAUAGACACAACUGAUCAUGCAGCUACAACUGCUGUUCUUGUCAGUGGUGUGUCUCCUCAGCAACCCCCACUCCACGAAUGAAACACACGAACAGCUACCGUUUCCCCAGUCCAAACCUUCCACGGAGUUUGCAGACAUCAGUGACAGUUGCACAAUCAAUAACUGAACCUUGCGUCUUCAAUACCCUCUCCCUAUCCUCUCGGCUAUAGCAGUUUCUUCAUUCGAAGAAAUUUCGAGAUGUGGAUAUAUAUAAUGUUCAAGGACUGACCCCCUAUUGUGCAAUGUUUAUGUCCCAUCAGUAUUGGCCUAAAUCAUUUUUAUCACAGGUAGAGUUUGG